AUGUUUAUACAACUUCUAAGGGAUAAAGGUGAAGCUGCUGAAGAAUUAGAAAGAAUAAUAAAAUUAAAGGAAUAUCAAACGGAACUACGAUUGAAGAGGAUUAGGUCAGACAAUGAUGAGGAAUAUUUAGGAAAAGAAUUAAAGAACUGGUUUGAUUUAAAAGGAAUUAUUCACGAAUUGAGUCCUCCGGUGACACCUGAAUAUGUAGAAAAAGAUGAAGACGUUAACGAGGCUCCUCAAGAAGACAUUGAAGACGAAAGACAGUUAAGAAUUGGAAUGGAUGCCGAGGAAAGUGACAGUGAUGAAGAAAGCAGCGAUUAUGACGAUGCAAGAAUUGAAAUUGACAAUGAUGAAGAUACGAGGGUAGAGAAAAAUAAUGAAAAUCAAGAAAUAACUAUUGAACAAGUGGAACCGACAACAAGCAAAGAGGCUGGAAGACCGAAGAAUGUGACGAAGGAAGUAAUUAAAGUAAAAGAGUAUCUGAGAAGACGUGAACAAGAAAAAUUAGAUGAACAAAGAAACGUAAGAAAAUCCUCAAGGAUUAAAAAUCAAAAAGCAAUGAAAAGUGUUGAAGAAAAAAAUUCUUAUUACGAUAACAGAGGCACGACAAACUCCUGA